UCUUCAUGUUUUGACACAUUUUGAUGCUAGACGGGGGAUAAUAGACUUUAUUUAUAAAUGGAGUGUACAUUUUUGUACUAUAGAUGAUGUUCGUUGAUUUAAGUACGAAUUCAUCGUAUUGUUUAAAUGCAUUUUCUGACUAUUUAACUGACUGACUUUGCUGAUAGUUCAGUUGUGCUGGUCAUUAAAUUUUUAACAAAAAUUCAUUUCCGUAUUGGAUUUCAUCGACACCGGUGCAAUCAUGUCAAACGUUGGCACCUGGAGACAGUUGCUACAUUGGGGCCCUAUUGUGGCGUUGUCAGUUAUUUUUUACAUUUCUAUAGCAACAAUAAACUGCACUUUGAUGUGGUGGCCUGUUACAUCAUUUGGUGGUGCUGUUAACUUUAUUAUUUUCUUAACAUGGAUCACUUUAACUUUAUAUAACUAUUUCCAAGCAGCAUGGAAAGGACCAGGAUUUGUUCCAUUAGGAUGGAUGCCAAAUAAACCAGAAGCCAGGAAAUGCCUGCAGUUUUGUGAAGCAUGUGCCGGAUUCAAAUCACCUCGUUCUCAUCACUGCCGCAAAUGUGACAGAUGUGUUAUGAAGAUGGAUCAUCACUGUCCUUGGAUUAACACAUGCUGCGGACAUUUUAAUCACGCCAACUUUGUUUGGUUUCUCCUCUUCGCACCAUGUGGCUGUGUACAUGCUGUGUUCAUUCUCAUUCCAUCCAUCUACAGAGCACUUAAUUUUCAUUAUUACUAUUUUUACCACCAAGAUGAGCCCCUCGUGCAGCUGGAUAUCUUUGAGUUCAUCCUCACAAUGUUCGGGAUCGGCCUCGCUAUCGGCGUCGUCAUCGCUGUCGGCAUGUUGUUUUACUUACAGAUGAAAAGUAUAUUGAAAAAUGAAACCGGAAUAGAAUCAUGGAUAAUAGAUAAAGCAGAGGACCGUCUUCGUGAGCCAGAGGAAGGUGACUUUGUCUACCCAUACAACCUGGGAUACAGGCGGAACUUCAAGGAGGUCUUCACGUGGACGGGCAAACCUCUCUCGGAUGGGUUCACGUGGAACAUUGUCAAUGGUUGUGAUCAAUAUACCUUAACUAUUGAGCAGAUUAAACAAAAGGGAGAGAAGCGCGAGCGGACGGUGCAGUAUGUGAUAAUGGAGGGCUACUCGGGAUACUUGUUCCCGUUCACGAAGGGUCUCAAAGUCAGCUGCUGUAUCCCAUGUACAGACGAGCCUCGCAUCUCCGUCAAACCAGGGAACAAAGUCUGGGUCACACGGUGGAAAAGACAUUGGUUAUAUGGAACCCGAUUGCUUACUGCUGAGGAAAAACUUGUUGGUACAAGUAAGCCAAGAGCUAGAGGAUGGUUUCCACGACGAUGUGCUAAGGAAGUAAUUGAUGAUAACAUGAAUGAUAAGAAGGCUUCUUGAAAUUCAAGAAUAUUUAGAUAUAAUAUACAUAUCUGUUUGUUUGUAUUUUUGUUACUACUGAGUAAGUGAGGAAAGUGCUUUAAGUUAGAAGCAGUUGAACUUUGCUGCAGGAAUUAGGACUUUUAAAUAAAACAACUCAGGUGACAUAAGUUAGGUGUUUGUUGAAAGGGCUGUUCCAGAACUUAUCACAUGUGGGGGUUAGUGGUGGGGGUUAGUGGUAGGGGUUAGGAGGAAUAUAAGACUCCAUCAUAUGCUGUCAUGUGGGAUAGAAAAAGUACAGCUGAGGUGGUGGAAAUUGCUCUAUUCCAUAUGACCACAUAUGAUGGAGUCCUUUUCUAUCAUCCAUUCAGUAAAUAAACUAUUAUUUUACACGAAUGGACAAAUUAAAGAUGGCUGAAAAAGUAACUUUUUUAUUUGAUAAUUUUAUC